AUGCGCAUCCGUACGUUGGAAAUCCGGUGGCACGACAGCAAACCUAUUGCUACUUGCGACUUUCAACCAAUUCAGUUCAAGAAAGCGCGUCCUGCGCAGGACAAGAACUUCGCGGGACAGUCAUACAGACUUGCCACAGGUGGUGAAGACAACCAUGUCAGAUUAUGGAUGGUGCACCCGAAUAUAAUGCCACAGUCAGUGCUAGAAGGCGCGUCGACCUCGGCGGCCACAAGCAACACGCCAACGCUCCGACCACCUCGCGUAGAGUACCUCGCUACCUUGAGUAGACACUCCGCUGCAGUGAAUGUUGUGCGCUUCAGCCCGAACGGCGAGCUGAUUGCUUCGGCCGGUGACGAUGGAAUGAUCAUUAUAUGGUCUCCAACGACUAGUCCGCAUGCCACUAGCUAUGGCAGUGACCUGAGUCCUGAAGAGAUGCAAUACGAGAAAGAGCAUUGGAAACCGCGAACGACCUUCCGAUGCACUACAAUGCAAGUAUACGAUCUUGCGUGGAGUCCUUCAGGGGAAUAUAUCAUUGCAGGCAGCACAGACAAUUGCGCAAGAAUCUUCACCUCGAACGAAGGCAAAUGUGUUCAUGAGAUUGCCGAGCACAACCACUAUGUGCAAGGCGUUGCAUGGGAUCCCUUGAACGAAUACAUCGCCACGCAGAGCAGCGACCGCUCUAUGCACAUAUACAGCAUCUCCCAUAAGUCGGGUACCUUGGAAGUGCACGCUGUGGGCAAGAAUACUCGCAUGUCGCACCGCCACAGCCGCACAUCGAGUUCACAUAGCCGGCCGCGGACCUUCAGACGUGAGUCCACGGCUAGCGAGACAGAGUCCAUCAUCACGAGCGCUAGCGAGCAGCUCAGAGACGAGGUGGUGUCAUCUACCUCUGGACAUCAGCACAAUAGUAGUGCUCUUUUGACUCCCACAGCGUCAAUUCCCAGCACGCCCUCUGGCAGUAUGUUCCCUCCACCGUCGGUUGAAUACUCUUCGUCUCGGCGAUCCUCUUUCAGCGGGUCAACUGCUGCAGGCUCACCACUCAUGCCUAGCCGCCAUGCCCGGUCACCGUCACCGAUGCCUGCCCUGCCAGCCAUUCGUAUGAUGCCAAACGCGGUUACCACUUGGACUUCCGUCAAGCUUUACGGCGACGAGAAUUACACGAAUUUCUUCAGACGACUCACGUUCAGUCCCGACGGUGGCUUAUUGCUCACACCUGCGGGUCAGUUUGAAGAUCCUUCGGUGCUUCCAGGAUCUUCACGUGCGUCCAGCAACGGCCACGGAAGAGCAGAUGAUCAACCUCGGGGCAGAAGGGGUAACCUCUCACCUGUUGCCCCCGAUAACCAAGCAUCAUCUUCCGUAUACAUUUACUCUCGUGCCAACUUUGCGCGUCCGCCGAUUGCCCGACUUCCGGGGCACAAGAAAGCAAGCAUAGCUGUCAAGUUCUCCCCCAUCUUGUUCGAGUUGCGUACGCACAUUGCUCCAGCGGAUACACCCCCUGAGCCACAGACAGUAGUGCUGGAGAAAGGUGUCGACCGGACGGUGAAUGUCGAUAUUGCGGGCGCCUCGUCCGCAACGGGUCUUCCCCAUAAUAUCCUCAGCCCUGAAUCUCCUCUGAAGAGCUUUCCGACCAUCGUGUCUUCACCAUCCAUUGCGGCGCCUUCUCCUCGCGUCGCUAUACCAUCUGGUUCCCACGGGAUGAUAAUGAUGCCUUCGCCCGCACUAUCUGCGACCGAUUCCCUCAGGCCGCCUACUCCUUUGGCUUCCAAGCCCAGCACGCCUACUGUCACCCCUAUAGCGACUGCCUCGAUUUUCUCGUUGCCGUACCGGAUGUUGUAUGCUGUCGCCACAAUGGAUACUGUUGCGAUCUACGAUACUCAGCAGGCGGGUCCCGUGUGUUUGUUGACGAAGCUCCACUACGAUGAGUUUACAGAUAUGUCGUGGUCCCCAGAUGGCCAGUGUCUGAUUAUCUCGUCCAGAGACGGCUACUGCACGAUCGUUGUGUUCGACGAGAUCUUGCCAACACAUCACACUCAGCAGCAGACGCUCCAGCUACAGUCGAUCGCUCAUCAGCAUUCCUUGCCACUCACAAGCACCUCGACCGUGGCAACUCCGAUGUCGACGCCGUCCGUGGCGUCAAUACCAUUACCCUCCGCGUCACCUGCAGUGACGCCUAUUUUACCUCUGAAGCGGAGAGCUGAGACUCCGUUAACUCCCGCACCGAGCGUGGGCGAAAGUUCGCAAGGCUCGCGUUCUCUUAUUGAUGAUCCCCCUGCUAGCGGGGAUGGAAGCAAUGGCCCAGCGCGCGAGGAAGGCCAGGAGCCACCGAAGAAAAAGCGUCGGGCGGCGCUCACGAAGGUUGGCGAGCUUGGGUCUUGA